CUCUAACGCAUCACCAAAAUGAGCGAAAAGGAAGACCAAGGAGAUCCAGCAGAUACGGGUGAUUUAACAGAAAGUGGAGAAUAUGAGGAUGACUUUGAAAAAGACCUCGAAUGGCUAAUUAAUGAAGAAGAAAAAGAAAACGUUGGUGAAAGAGAGAAUCCUGAAAAAAAUGAAGAGGAUAUUGAAGCACAAAUUGUUAAAGUUGCGGACAAGUUUGAGGAAGACAACGAGGAAAUGGAAGAAAAUCCAGAUCAGGUUUCAGAGGCAGAUGUAGAUGCAAAAGUGAGACCCUCCAAUGAAGAGAGUUUGGAAUCCGGGUCUGAUACUAAACAGGGGGACCGUGUAUCUGAUACUGAUAGUGAAAGCUCUAUCCAGGAAUCCAAGCUGGAAAACCAGCAGGAACUGGAUGAGGAAGAGGAUGAAGAAAUAAAGCGUUACAUCUUGGAAAAGAUUGAAGAAGCCAACAAACUGCUGGAGAAUCAAGCUCCUGUGGAUCAGAACAGAGAACGGAAAUUAAAAUUUAAGGAUAAGUUGGUGGAUCUUGAAGUUCCUCCUCUAGAAGAUGCUGAAGUUUGUAAAAGUGACCUUGCAAGAGGAGAUGAUGUUUCAAAUAGGCUAUCUCGGUUGCAUAUUUCUAAUGAAAUGGGACAGGAAAACACAUCACUUUCACCACAUGCUGGCAAGGAUGAGGAAAAGAAGGAUGGUAAUAUCCUAGUGGAAAAAGAUGGGAAGUUUGAACUCUUAAGUUUACGUGAUAUUGAAAGCCAGGGCUUUUUGCCCCCUAUAAGUGUUUCUUUUACUGAUAUUGAAACUCAACAUAUGUCUCCAAAAUCUUCACACUACGGUCCUUUUGGCACUGUCUCUGGAGUGAAGGAAGUACCUACAGUAAGACCAGGAGCACAUUCUUUUUCUCCUGGUGGAGAAGAGUGUGUGUAUUUCCCUAAGCCUCCGUCUAACCCUAAGCGUCGUCCAAAUUCUGCUAUCAAUGCUGCAAGAGGUCUGGGAAGACGGAAGACUCCGCAGAGAGUGCAGUCUGCAAAUGUGCCUGUGAGAAGCUCCACUUACUGUCUUUCUCCCAGACAAAAAGAAUUGCGGAAGCAGUUAGAACAAAGGAAGGAAAAACUGAGGAAAGAGGAAGAAGAAAGGAAAAGGGAACAAGAAGAACAGAAGAAAAGAGAGAAUGAGAUGGUUUUUAAAGCUUGGUUACAGAAGAAGAAAGAACAAGUGCAAGAAGAGAAGCGACUUCGUCGUGCAAAGGAGCUAGAAGACAUGAACAGCAAAGAAAGGAGCAGGAAUCCAGAAGAAGCCUUCAAGUUAUGGCUUAAAAAAAAGCACCAAGAACACAUGAAAGAAAAACAGAUAGAAAUUUUGAGACGCCAAGCUGAGGGAAUUGCCUUUUUUCCAAGAACAGAGGAAUGCAACAGAGCCUUUAAAGAAUGGCUAAAAAGAAAGAGAGAAGAAAAACGAGCAGAAGAACUAGCUGCUAAAGAGCGAGCAAGGCAGCUUAGAUUAGAAGCCAGAAGAGCAAAACAGAUGCAGAACAUCCGCUGCAUUAGUUCAGAGCCCAAAUCCUUUCGCUUCACAGACCAUUACAGUUGAAAGUUUGACAUAACCGCAGAGUUCUUGGUGGCAGCCCUCUUAAUUUUUAUGGCUUGAGCUUUUGCUCUUUACAGCUACUGUUUGUGGUGUUUUUAAAGCUUUCAAGCAAAUCUAACAAUUACCUUCACUGACCAUGAUGUUACUAUCUAUUUAUUUUUAAUUUUGUUGAAAAGCCUGCUUUUAUGUAUAACUCAGGGAAUCUUCUUGGUUUGACCAAAUUAAAUGAGCGUGAGAUCUAUACGCGAGGGUGGCAAAUACACAUUCCUGUCUUUAAAAGGCACUUUAUACUCAACUCUACCCUGAAUUCCUGGAUGCAGGCUAUUAUGUAAAAUGUUGAAUUUUUGCUGGAUUAAUAUUGCUGUUUGCUGCUGCUUGUGAUGAAGACUGUACAAGGUGUUAUGCUGUUGGAAAAUGCUGUUUCUCGUACCACUGUCCAUUGAUCUGUUGACCAGCUGUUAAUUCUGGCUAGACCGGAGGACUAUUUUCUUUUAGUUCAGGGAAAGUGGUCGUUGAAGGCUAACAUGUAUGUGAACGUGCAACAGUUUUUGAAACUUAUUUCUGUGAGUCAUAUUCAGUAGUUUUCUAUUCCAUGAAACUAAAAGGUUGUGUGAAUUAUGACCUUUACCAGUAUCAAUGAAGCUGGAUUCCUUGUAUACAUGUCCAUGUUUGCUAAAUUAAUUACAAUAAACUACAUCACCUUACCCAGCUGAACUGUGAACUUUUAUCAGAGAAAAGUGCUGAGGUCACUCAUGAAAUCAUAAAGUUAGUGGAAGAUGAGGAACAUUCUGUCCAGCUAUGUGUCCAACAGAUUUCAUGAUCUGGCAUCGUUCUUACAUUUUUCCACAUUCAGAGUGUUUUCUGAAAGUACUGUAACAGAAGGAAGUGUAGUAGAUACAAAGCAAAUUUGCCAUUAGUAUUUUUCUCGUACCAUUUUGGAGUUAGUUAUAGGCAUAUUGAGAGAGUACUGGUGUUUGACCGGAGGGUGCUGUGUUGCAGCUUUUACCAGCAUAGAUAAAGGGCAUGGAUGUGAAAUGAAAAUUUCACAUGCUACUGAGAAACAUGAGUAACAGGUGCCUUCCUCCUUCCUGUACCUUCUGACACCAACGGCAAGAAAUGCUUCUUGUGUCUUGCAAGCAAAUGGAGGUGGAAGGUUUGCAAAGGUUCACACUAUCUCCCUAACUGUAGUAAGUUACAAAAGAAGUGCUUCUUGGUUCGCUACCCCAGACCAGUAGAGUGACAGGUUUUACAGUUCAAUGCCAUAUAGUUCCUUUUAUGCUGCAGAGAAAACAAGGUCAGAAAUACAGCUACAUUAAAUCCAAAAUUGCAACUUGAAAGCAAGCAAAGAAAGUUUAUUGCAGCUUUCUUCAUGCAAACCAAAGCAUGGCCAGCAACAGCAAGAACUUAUAACUUAGAUAUUCUGAUCAUGGUAUGAGAUUAAAGAGGAAAACCGGGUAAAAGCAACCAUUUCAGAAACCCUUUCCACAAACUAGAUAGCUAUAGAUGAUAAAUUUGGGAGUGAAACUAAGAAAUUAAAAUGCAUAUUUGCAUCCUCCUACCUUUCCUCUUUACAUUUGCAACUUAAAUGGGCUUCUUUGGAUUUAGCAGAUUAUCUGCUAAAAGUUCUCUUCAAACCUACAUCAAGAUUAUAAAACCAUACAAGUAAAAAAAUAUUUUUUUUUUUUUAUUUGUUUUACCAGUACCUGUGCAAACUUAGUGCUUAUCUUCAGCUUCCCCUAACACCCAGGAAGACCUUGGGCAAGGACUGAAUUUUAAUGCUAGGUCAGGUU